CUACGUCUUCUUCCUUUUCCUUUUUUUUUUUUAAUUUUCAGAAUCCAAAAAAAGACUCUCUGAAGGCAGAUUUUUCUCGUUUCCUCUGCUUCUUCAUUUGCCGUUUCCUUCGGGAGAACAAACGGCGGCUUAAACAAAAGCAUCGGGUUUCGAUAAACCAGGCAUUCUGCAACAUGGAGGAAAAAUGCGAGGAGAUUCAGGUGCCCAUGGGGACUCUGAAGUCAAUAAGCUUUAGCAUUUCGAAUAACAAAGACCUAAAAAACAUGUCUGCCAUGGAAGUUGAAGCAGCGAAUCAAGUGACUGAUUCCCGGUUAGGGCUCCCAAAUCGGGAUGAUAGUUGCAAAUCAUGUGGCAGCAAAGAUAGAAAAGUCUGCGAAGGGCAUUUUGGGGUUAUUAAACUCAGUGAUCCGGUGAUUAACCCGCAUUUCCUUAAGGAGAUAGCUACAUUGUUGAACAAGUUCUGCCCUGGAUGUAAAUACAUGAAGAAAAAACAGUCUCAGUCUCAGAAUACUGAAGAACGGUCUGACAGAUGUAGAUAUUGCGUUACAAAUACAAGUUACCCUCUAAUGAAGUUUCGGGUAACAACAAAAGAAGUCUUUAGGCGAUCUGGAAUCGUUUGUGAAGUGAGUGAAGACAAUGUGCUUAAGCUCAGUAAACGGGGACUCUCAGCACUACCUCCAGAUUACUGGGAUUUUUUGCCUAAAGACCCAAAUAUCGACGAAAGCUGUUUGAAACCAAGCAGGCGGAUUCUAACGCAUAGACAGACUUAUACACUGUUGCGUGGGAUUGAUGAGAGGCUGAUCAGGAAGGACAUCCCAAUGUUUGACUCUCUUCCUAUGAAAUCUUUUCCAGUUUCACCAAACGGUCUUCGUGUAUCCGAGAUGGUCAAUCAGUUCACCGGUCCUCGACUAGUCUUUGAUGAACGGACUCGUAUCUACAAGAGACUAGUUGGCUUUGAAGGAAACGGUCUUGAGUUGGGUUCUCGUGUGAUCGAAUGCAUACAAUAUUCAAGACUCUUUUCUGAAAACGUGUCUCCAAGUCAAGAAUCUGCAAACCCUUACCAGAAGAAGUCAGAUACUCCCCAACUGCGCGGUCUAAGGUUCAUGAAAGAUGUUCUCCUCGGUAAAAGAAGCGACCACACGUUCAGGACAGUGGUUGUCGGUGACCCGUCUCUCAAGCUCAACGAGAUCGGCAUACCUCGGAAGAUCGCUGAGAGGCUCCAAGUGUCAGAGAAUCUCAACGACUGGAACAGAGAGAGGCUCGUCACUUCAUGUUUCCACAAGCUGCUCGAGAAACGUGAGACUCACGUUAGAAGAAGAGGAGGAGGAAGGUUAGUGGGUAUCCGAUCCAUCGAUGAUCUCCAGACGGGAGACAGCAUUUUAAGGACGCUGAAAGAUGGAGACACGGUGCUGAUGAACAGACCUCCUUCCAUUCACCAGCACUCGCUUAUCGCGAUGUCGGUUAAACUCCUCCCUACUGCUUCCGUUGUCUCCUUGAACCCUAUCUGCUGUUUACCGUUCCGUGGCGACUUCGAUGGAGAUUGUCUCCACGGGUACGUUCCUCAGUCGAUACAAGCCAAGGCUGAGCUCGAUGAGCUCCUGGGUUUGGACAAGCAGCUUGUUAACAGGCAGAACGGUCGUAACUUGCUAGCGUUAGGACAGGACAGCUUGUCGGCAGCGUAUCUGGCUAAUGUCGAGACGAACUCCUUUCUGAAUCGAGCUCAGAUGCAGCAGCUGCAAAUGUACUGCCCCUUCGAGCCUCCUCGGCCUGCGAUCAUCAGAGCUUCUCCUAGCAGCAGGGAGCCUCAGUGGACAGGGAUGCAGCUGUUUGGGAUGCUUUUCCCUCCAGGGUUUGAGUACGCUUACCCUCUGAACAACGUGGUUGUUAGCGACGGAGAGGUUUUGUCUUCUUCCGAUGGGUCUGGUUGGUUGCGUGACGGUGAAGGAAACUUCAUCCAGGGUUUGCUGAAGCACGAUAAAGAGAAUGUUCUUGACAUCAUUUACUCGGCUCAAGAGAUGUUCUCUCGGUGGUUGCUGAACCGAGGAUUGAGUGUUUCUUUAGCUGAUCUGUACUUCGCCUCUGAUCAACAGUCUCGGAGGAACUUGACCGAGGAGAUAAGAUACGGGUUGAAGGAAGCUGAGCAAGUCUGCAACAAGCAGCAGCUUAUGGUUGAGUCUCGUAGAGACUUCCUCGCGGUUAACGGAGAAGAUAACAAGGAGGAAGAUUUGGAGAGGUUCUGCUACGAGAGACAGAGAUCAGCGACGUUAAGCAAACUUGCGGUUAGUGCAUUCAAAGAUGCGUAUAGAGAUGUCCAGGCUCUGGCUUAUAGAUACGGAGACCAAUCCAACUCGUUUCUCAUCAUGUCCAAGGCUGGUAGCAAAGGAAACAUGGGGAAGCUUGCUCAGCACGCUAUGUGCAUCGGUCUUCAGAACUCUUCUGUUGCCUUGUCCUUCGGGUUCCCACGGGAGCUGACUUGUGCCUCGUGGAACGAUCCCAACAGCCCGCUUCGCGGAGUAAAGGGACAGGGACAAGACCAAACCGGUUAUGACUCGUUUGUGCCGUUUGGUGUCAUCGCGAGCUCGUUUCUGACGGGUCUGAAUCCUUUGGAGUCUUUUGUUCAUUCGGUGACGAGCCGUGACAGCUCCUUCAGCGGUAAUGCUGAUCUUCCGGGGACGCUUAGCAGGAAGCUGAUGUUCUUUAUGAGGGACAUAUACGCUGCUUACGACGGGACAGUGAGGAACUCAUUCGGGAACCAUUUGGUUCAGUUUCGUUAUGAGACUGAUGGAGAAGAAGACAUGACCGGUGAAGCGGUUGGAUCGCUUUCUGCUUGUGCUCUCACCGAGGCUGCUUACAGCGCUCUUGAUCAACCCAUCAGCCUUCUUGAAACUUCUCCUCUUCUCAAUCUUAAGAAUGUGUUGGAGUGUGGGUCGAAGAAAGGUCUAAAAGAACAGACAAUGUCUCUCUACUUGUCUGAAACACUUUCUAAGAAGAAACACGGGUUCGAAUACGGGGCACUGGACAUCAAGAACCACUUGGAGAAACUGAGUUUCUCAGAGAUUGUUUCAACGUCCAUGAUAAUAUUCUCUCCGAGGACAAACACAAAGGUCCCUAUGAGCCCGUGGGUUUGCCAUUUUCAUAUCUCCAAGAAAGUACUGAAACAGAAACAACUGGACCUCGAAUCUGUUGUCUCUUCAUUGAACAAGCAGUAUGCGAACAGGAAGAAAGAACUGAAGCUUGAUGUAAUAGAUUUAGAUAUCCAAAGCACAAACCACUGCUCUUGGGAUGAUAAGUCAAUGGAAGAAGAUAGAUUCUGCAUCACAGUUAUUGUUCUCGAAGCCUCCACGCAGGAUUCUUUGGAACUUGAGGCCAUUCGACUUGUCUUGAUCCCUUUUCUUCUCGACUCUCCUGUCAAAGGCUACCGAGAGAUUAAGAAGGUGGAUAUCUUAUGGGUUGACAGACCAAAAGCGCCGAAAAGGAACAAGAAACACAUGGCCGGUGAGCUUUUCUUGAAGGUUACAAUGCAUGGAGUUCGUGGCAAAAGGAGCUUUUGGAGCGCUCUUCUCGAGACCUGUCUUCCCAUUAUGGAUAUGAUCGACUGGACAAGAAGCCAUCCUGAUAAUAUACGCCAGUGCUGCUCGGUUUAUGGAAUAGACGCUGGACGUAGCAUCUUCCUAGCGGAUUUGGAGUCUGCUGUGUCGGAUACGGGUAAGGCGAUGCUGCGGGAGCAUCUGCUUCUUGUGGCUGAUUCUCUCUCAGUUACUGGAGAGUUUGUGGCAUUGAACCCCAAAGGUUGGGGUAGACAGAGACAGACCGAGUCUACUCCUGCUCCUUUCACUCAAGCUUGCUUCUCGAGCCCAAGUCAAUGCUUUAUCAAAGCUGCUAAGGAAGGUGUCACAGACGAGCUUCAAGGAUCUAUAGACGCAUUAGCUUGGGGGAAAGUUCCUUCUUUUGGAACUGGAGAUCAGUUUGAAAUCAUCAUCUCCCCAAAGAAUCAUGGGUUUAGUACACCGGUAGACGUGUAUGAGUUUCUGAGAAGUACAGCCAUGCUUCCAAAGAGAAAGGCUGUUGCCCGUGCAAGAAGGUCCUUGCCCAAAUCGGACGAGUUCACUCCCCAGCCAUUCCCCUUGCUCGACACAGCUCUCUCCAAAGCAGUCAAGACACUCGAUGGGAAAGGACUCACAAGGUCGCAGCUCAGGAUGGUCUUUACAUGGGACGACAUCGAGAAGCUUUCUCUGUCGCUGAGACGCAUUCUCUACAAUUAUGAGAUUGAUGCUACGUUGAACGAGAUGGACGGAAGACUUCUGAUGAUGGCUCUUCUCUUCCACCCCAACAGAGAUGAGAAGAUAGGACCAGGCUUCAAAGGGAUCAAGGUGGCUAAUUCUAAGCAUGGGAAAGCUCGUUGUUUUGAGGUGGUGAGAACAGACGGAACAACAGAAGAUUUCUCUUACCAUAAGUGUGUGUUGGGAGCAACAGAGAUCAUUGCCCCUAAGAGAGUUAACUUCUACAAGGCCAAGUACCUUAGAAACGGCACCGUGAAGCCCGGUGCUAUCUAAAAAACAAACUAUCUUUUGUUAAUAUGGAACAAUGUAGGAAGGUCGGUGGUGUGUGUGUGUGUGUUAUGUGGAUAGAUAGAAAGAUAGAUAUAGGGGAAAAGCUUGUCUUUGCUCUAAGCUUCUUUUUGCUCCUUUCACUAUGUGAUACCUUUGCCUUCAAACGUUCAAAAGGCUUAAAGGUUCAUUACUUAGUGGAAGCAGCAACGAGAAGCUGGCAAAGUAGGCUUCUGUUCUGUUUCUUGUUUCUGUUUGUAAGACUUUGGAAUUUCCCGGUUUAACUAUGAAAUAUCCGGUUAUACUA